AUGAAUGCAUUUUUUGAUGACUACAUUCAUUCUAAAACAUCCUUGAAGCAAUUUGUUGAGCAGUAUGAUAGUGCUUUGAAGAAGAAGAUUGAGAAUGAACAACAUAUGGAUUUUGCUUCUUUUAAUUCUAUAAUGUCAGUUAUUCUUGGUCAUCCUAUUGAAAAACAAUUUCAAAAUGCUUACACAAACAACUUAUUUAAGUUGUUCCAAGAUGAAAUUAGGGGGUUGAUGUUUUACAAUGCCUCUUUGUUGAAAGAAGAAGGGACAACUUUAGUAUUUGAAGUAGUAGAAACUAUGUUGGGAAAGAAUGGAGAACCUGUAAGAGAAGUUUCCUUUAGGGUACAUUACACAGAGUUACAUUGCCAAUUGAAGUGUGUGUGCCGUCUAUUUGAGUUUCGGGGAAUUUUAUGUAGGCAUGUGAUCAAUGUGUUCAUAAGAAUGAAGGUGAUUGAGGUUCCUAUGAAUUAUAUUAUGGACCGAUGGCGCAAAGAUAUUAAGCGUGGUUAUCAAAGUAUCAGUAACAUCUAUGAUGAUUAUGGUUGUGAUGGAGAAAGACAUCGGUAUAAUAUUCUCACUCCAUUGAUACAAGAGGUUCAACAACUUGGCGCAAAAAAUGACAACAGUUGUUCAAUUUUGGUGGAAAUAUUGAAAGACACGAAGGAAAAAUUGAUUGCUAUUGAUUUUGAGCAUUCAAGGGCUGAACAAUUGAAAGAAGUAUCUACAUCCGGUGCAAAAGCGAUACAUUCUCCAUUAAAAGUAAGAUCUCGAGGUCGUCCACCUACAAAGAGGAAACAAUCUAAGGUUGAACAAAUUAUGAAGAAAUCAAUUGCAAAGGCCCGAAAGAAGGGAGUUGCUGGUUCUGAAGCUUGUUCUGAAACUAUUCUUGCUAUCCUGAGUAAAAUUCUGCUGGAGCUUCUAUGA